UCCUGCCCCGCGCGUCGUCACUUCGGGACAUCCGCGCCAAUGUGGUCCUGAGCUUGACUUGAGCUGGCAUGACGGAAUGAUCAACGAUUGCCUCCCGCAAUAUCGGUGUUAGUGUGGUGUUAUCCACCGAGCGAACUCACCACCGUGAUUAUUUUGCUUAUUGACAGACUGCAGGCCAGGGAACAGAUUCCCCGCAAUGUCUGUGAACUGACAGCGUAAAGAUCGGAACCAUUUGGAAACUGUGAAGGACCGGGGAAAAAAAUGAAAGCAUCCACACCUUUUCUGGUCCUACUUCAUGCAAUUGUGGUCCAUUGCCUGAGAGUGAUGUCUAAGAGAGGCUCGGUGGAAGGAUGCACGGAUUGGUCCGUGGACUAUCUGAAAUACAAGGUGCUCCUGGGUGAACCUGUUCGGAUUAAGUGUGCUUUAUUCUAUGGAUAUAUACGUGCCAACUACACACAUGCUCAGAGCUCAGGACUCAGUCUCAUGUGGUACAAAAGUGCCGGACAUGGCGAUUUCGAGGAGCCCAUCAGUUUUGAUGGCACACGAAUGAGCAAGGAGGAGGAUGCAAUAUGGUUUCGACCAGCCGAGCUAGACGACGUGGGAUACUAUUCCUGUGUAUUAAGGAACUCCACCUACUGCAUGAAGGUGUCCAUGUCUCUCACGGUGGCAGAAAAUGACACAGACCUCUGUUACAACUCCAAGAUGAAGUUUUUUGAGAAGGCAGAGCUAAGUAAAAGCAAAGACAUUACCUGCACAGGCAUCGAAGAUUAUAUCCAGCCAGGAGCGGAGCCCCAGAUUGUCUGGUACAAGGAGUGUGUGCCUAAACAAUGGAGACAAACAAUCGAGAGGAGGAGGGACACCCUCUCCAUCAAGGAAGUUCAAGAAGAUGACUUUGGGAAUUACACUUGUGAAUUACAGUUUGGAAACUUUGUAGUGCGGAGGACCACUGAACUGUCUGUCACGGCUCCUUUGACAGACAAGCCACCCAAAAUUCUCUCCCCAUCCGAAAGCCAGACCAGCGUCAUUGAGAUGGCACAAGGAAGUCCAGUCAACCUGACAUGCAGAGCGUUCUUUGGGUACAGUGGUGAUGUCAGCCCACUCAUUUACUGGAUGAAGGCGGAAAAGUUUAUUGAAGAUCUGGAUGAGGAACGGGUACGAGAAAGUGACAUCAAGACAGUACGUGAGCACUUGGGGGAGCAAGAGGUCUCCAUUUCACUUACCAUUGAUUCCCUGGAGGAGAGCGAUCUGGGAAACUACACUUGCAUCGUAGAAAAUGGCAACGGUCGGCGACAGGCAAACAUCCAGAUUGUCAAGAAAGCUGAGCUCAUGUACACAGUGGAACUGGCCGGCGGUCUGGGAGCCAUCUUGAUACUGCUCAUCUGUCUGGUGACACUGUACAAGUGUUACAGGAUUGAGCUCAUGCUUUUCUACAGGAACCACUUCGGCAGUGAGGAUUUAGAUGGAGAUAACAAAGAUUACGACGCCUACCUGUCCUACACAAAAGUAGACCCCGACCAGUGGAGUCAGGAAACUCGAGAGGAGGAGCGCUUUGCCCUGGAGAUCCUGCCUGACGUGCUGGAGAAGCAUUAUGGGUAUAAACUCUUCAUUCCAGACAGGGACUUGAUCCCCACAGGAAGUUUCACCAGUGAUCAUUUCCAGGAUGACACCAGACUACUUAGAGCUUACAUCGAGGAUGUUGCCCGCUGUGUGGACCAGAGCAAGCGCCUCAUCAUCGUUUUGACGCCCAGCUAUGUGGUGCGGAGGGGGUGGAGCAUCUUUGAGCUGGAGACGCGUCUGCGCAAUAUGCUGGUGACGGGCGAGAUCAAGGUCAUUCUCAUCGAGUGUGCUGAGCUGCGUGGCAUCAUGAAUUACCAGGAAGUAGAGGCCCUCAAACACACCAUUAAAACGUUGACAGUCAUCAAAUGGCGCGGCUCGCCCAGCAACAAGCUAGACUCCAAGUUCUGGAAGCAGCUGAUCUUCGAGAUGCCCUUCAAACGCACUGAGCCCCUGAGCAUCUCACGCGAGCAAGUACUGGAUGUGAGUGAGCAAGGUCCCUUUGGCGAGCUCCAGGCGGUAUCGGCGAUGUCCAUGGCGGCUGCCACCUCCACCGCCAUGGCAACGGCUCACCCGGACUUUCGCUCCAACUUUCACAACUCGUACCACACCCAGAUGAGACAGAAACAUUACUACCGCGGUUAUGACUAUGAGCUGCCACCAGGGGGAACUCUUCCACACCUGUCGUCUGGCCGAAACCAGCAUACAUACUGCAACAUCCCCAUGACACUCCUGAAUGGACAGCGACCGCAGUCCAAGUCGCCGCGGCAACAGAGUUUAGAGGAAGGACACGGAAACAACGCCUUGCUGCCGCUUCUGCCCCGAGAGACUAGUAUAUCAAGCGUCAUCUGGUGACACACACCCAUCCCUCAUUGCAACACUGGACUUACUAACCCAGGAGACAGGGUUGGAUUGGUUUUUGCAAUUUGUGUGCCAUUUGUUCUUUCCAUUUUCAAAAUCAAAAUACAAAAAAAAACUGUCACUGA